CCACGAUCCCGCCUCGCGAGAUUCAAAUCCAGGACCUUUCAGUCUCGCGGGCGAGUGCAUCUGGAAAAAUCGUCAACGUCAUCUGGAAUUCAUACAACGAACUACACCGCAAGGUGGUGCAUGGAGUACAGCUGAGAAACGCAUUCCAAGUGACAACCGGAGCCAGUCAAGGUUGCUUACUCUCGCUCUUUCACUUUCUUCUAGUAGUUGACUGGAUUGUGAAGACCUCCACAUGUUAGGAAAAGCACGAUAUACGAUAGACAGACUGGAUGUAACUAGGCGAAUGGACUUUACAGAUGACCUGCCUCUUCUAACCCAUACAUACAAACAAUUGCAGAUAAAGACAACUAGUGUAGUAGCAGUGUCUGAGACAUUAGGCAUCAACCUGGAGAACACCAACCCAGUCGCAUUUUAUGGAGAAGCUCUGGAAGAUGUGGAAACUUUCACGUACCUGGAUAGCAUCAUCAUCGAUGAACAAGGAGGAUCCGAUGCUAACGUAAAGGUGAAAAUUGGCAAAGCAAGCGAGCCAUUUCCACAACCGAAAGACGUUUAAAACUCAAAAUGACUGUCAACUAAUAUCAAUGUGAAAAUCUUGAGUACGAACAUCAAGACAGUUCUGCUGUACGGAGCUGAAACGUCGAGAACUACGACAACCGUCAUCAAAAGAGUACAAGUAUUUAUAAAUAAUUUUCUACGCAAGAUACUAAAUGUGCACUCACCAGAUACCACCAGCACCUUCGAGCUGAAGAAAGAAUUAAGAAAAAAC